AUGCCGCAACACAUCGUAGUAUCCCAGCCCAGUGACGACUCCGGCUUAACCUCUCCAAUCGUUGCAUCUACUCAAGGGUCCCUGAACUACCAACAGGUUCCAAACCAGCACAAUAACCACUACUUAAAUAGCAACGCCAAUAGCAACACGAAUAGCACGAAUAAUCUCAUUGUCAACCUAGGGUCACCCCGCGGUGCUUCGGGACCGAUAUCUCCCCGUAAUUCGUUUUCGACUACCUCUGCUGCUUCUAAUAACCACGUACGGGAAUUGAGACAACGUGCGUCCAUUGCCACCUCGUCUCCUUUCGCUGGAAACUACACCACCUCUGCGUUGUCUAGUCAAGCUCAGAGAUCGCCGACUUUACCAGCCCGUGCCAUGCAUUCUACACCAGGAAAUAGACACUCCUUUUCAGACUACAGCUUCCCAGCAAGUCCAUCGGGAACUUCUUCCUACAACAACGAACAGAUCAUAGACUUGAUGGAAAGAGAACAAGACGCCAUAGUCUUAAAACUCAUGCGUGAAAUCGAUGCCUUAAAGAAUGAAAACAAGAUGCUCAAGAUGGGGUCGUCUGCACCAAGCUCCGCCAUGAACUCGUCUUCUUCUAUCUCUGCGCCAUCUCAGAAUCUGACUAAUAGCAACUUCCGCAGAGCUUCUUCUCUUUCCAGAAGUGCAAGAAGCUCCAUAAGCUCUGUCAGUUCCAUCAGCUCAGUUUCUAGCGCUAUCAAUCCACAGCCGCCACAGGUCCAGACCGUCUCUGGCACCAAGCGCAACAACAGUUGCACAAUAAACUCAUUAGACAAAAAGAGCAAGCUGGAUGUUGCCCGUUACGAAGAGGUCGUAGAUGAAAACCGGGCACUCAAGCGUGAGAUGUGUCGCUUACAGAGAGAAAUCGAGCAAAUGCGCCGGUCAUAACUACAAAUAUCAGCAUACACAUACUGAGGAGCGAGAUUAUCUCUUCAGCAAACGCAAGAUCUCGUCAGGAUAAACAUUCACAGGAUGAGAUCCUCGUCAGGAGUAGGAUAGCAAGGUACAAGAAACCGCCAUGUCAUCUCUGACAGAGCCCAGUGGACAAAUCUCGUUAAGAUUACUGUGGAGAUGAAAAAUUCGUCUAAGAAUUUCGUCUGAAAAUUUCGCCAGAAAAUUUUCUCUCUCAAUUACAAACAAUAGAAUUUUCUUAUCUUAGAGCGACCCCCUUCCUGGCAACGGAACAUACCAGAAAACUUGGUCGCCUUUUGAGCACCGUAACAGAGUACCCCUCUUGCUGGUUUUAUAAACCACCAAAGAUCCUUUCCACCAUGCGGAGAGAUAGAGAAGAGUCUUCCCCACACUCCCAGCAGAAAAUAUUUUCCUACAGAAAACUUUUCAUAUUUUUCACCUACGGCACUUUCACUUCCUACACAUUUUUGCACGUCUUUUUGGGUUAUCGGCAUCAGCGGCUUCGGCAUGUCUACAGGUUAUAGUAUAAAUAAAAUAAGAACAAUAUAUCUGAUUACAAAU